AUGGCACCAGGGAGAGCCCAAUCGCAUUAUCAGGCCCAUGUUGCCGCAGGACACUGCGAAGAAGGGAAAGACCUCCCUUUGGAGGUUCUCGACAAGACAGGGGCGUUGACAGACUCGGAUGCUGAAGAGAAUGGCGUUUUGACAGAGGAGUCAGUUGUUGACGACUUGGCAGAUGUCCAAGAGAUUGAGAUUUUGUCCGGACAGUCGGUCAUUGAGAUUUUGACAAGUCCCUUCAAGAACCAGAAUGACCAGGAGAACGAAAAGAACGAGGAGCUUCUAAGAGAAGGUACGACAUACAACUUAUUGUUUUCUUACGCCAUUGCUAAUAUCUGCGAAUUAGUUCAUCGGGCUCAAUGUCCGAAUUACCGAGAACUGAAUCUCACAUGCCCGGGGCCCGAAAUGGUGAUUGAUAGUCUAGUGUUGGGCACAGAGGUUUGCCCGAACAACACCACAAUCUCGUCUGCAACAGGUCUUUUGACGCGUAACCAUGGCCGAGUUCAUCCGAGAAUACGAUGCGCACUCUGUCAGGCCCGCAAAAACUUCAACAAAGUUUUGCUGACCCAAGACCUGAAAGCAGAGCCCGGCCAAGAAUCAUGCGAACAUUGUCUCAAGCCCUUGUGGGAAGGCAUCCGCUACUGUAAAGAUCACAUGAGAUCCUGGGCUCCAGAAACUCCGAGUCUCUGUGAAGCCUCAAUGGUUAAGGUCAGGGACUUGUUCCUGAAGGCCGCAUCAGAACAAUGGAGUCCCAAGUCAGGUCCCAUGGCUAGCAUCUUGAAGAAAGUGAAAUUCGAUGAGAACGCUACUUCUGACUUGCUCCACAUUGACCUGGAGUUCUCAACCCGCAGUCAUAAAGUUUACCAAAUUGGGAUCUCUGAUUCCAAAGGGGCAAAGAAGCUUAAUUGCAUGCCGAUCUACAGUAAGGGUGUGACUACAAAGCUACCCUCGCGAUCGCCCUGGUCACAGGACUUCCAGGGAUUUGUACCUUACCGAAUGGAGAAGGGACAAGGCUGUGCAACAGACGGAACAUUGAACGCAGAGAGGGUUGCGGAAAAACUUGGAGAGAUGAUUUCUAAGAAAACCAUCUUCGUCUCCUGGGGAUCAUGGGCAUUUGAUGUCGAAUACUUGAGAGAAGGGUUAGACGAGGAGGAGGUCAGGCACAAGCUCCCGGCGAAAGACAAGGUCUGCAUGCUCUACCAUGAGUUCAGACUCAAUAUGAAGGAUCAGAUUGGAGAAAAAUGCUUCAAAGGACAUUCAUUCCCAUUGACUCUGCCAUUCCUAUUCACACUGCUCUUCCAGGGCCACGACCUUGUGGGCAUGAACCAUGAUGCUCUAGUCGAUGCUCGACAAACGGCAAGUUUACAAAGGCUCUUCUUGGACCUUUGCAAGGUCCCAGAGAAAAGAGUUCUUUUCAAAGGGACGUUGCCGAUUAUCUUACCAGGGAUGCAAUCACCCGUUACAAAUCUCCUUUGA